AUGAUUCGAUUUCGAAUAUUACGAAGAAUAGGAACAACCGCGAGUUGUAGUUCUAGUCAAGAUCAUUAUAAAAUAUUAGGAUUGGCUCAAUCAGCAAGUCAGAAAGAUAUCAAAUCAGCCUAUUAUAAAUUAUCGAAACAACAUCAUCCAGAUACAAAUCCGGAUAAUAAAGAGGAAGCUGCCAAGAAAUUUCAUCAGGUAAUUUGAUUUUGGAAAAAUUAGAAAUUAGAUUUUUAAUUUAUAAGUUUCACAGAAAACCUGGUUGAGAGGUCUAAAUUAUUUUUUAAUUUCAUAAAUUUUAUUAGAACUUUAAAAUGAAAACAGCUUUUAUUAGUUUUUGAUUUAAAAAAUUCCUCAAUUAGCAUCUCUAAUUUCAAAACCUCCCGAAGAACAUUGUAUAUUUCGAAAAUGUUGAUUUCAGGUAGCAAUGGCUUAUGAAAUCUUGGGAUCUGAAGAAAAACGCAAAUUAUACGAUAUGACACGAAUUCGACAAAAUCCAAUGGCAGAUCAAACAAAUAUGAGUAAUAGAUAUCGGCGAAGAUCAACAACAACAAAACAAUAUACGGAUAUUGAUAUUGAUUACAAAGAUUUUGAACAUUUUCAAAGAAGUAAUCGGUAAGAUUUUCAAAAAUAAUUACUCCAAUAAAGUGUGACAUUUAGACGAAGGCCUCAAUAUCAUUCACAUUUUGAAAUGCCAAAUGAAUUUUAUGCGGAAUUUGGGGGAUUCAAAAAACGGACGUUCAAAAGUGAAUAUGAUGAAGCGCAAGAAAGAGUCAGUUUUUUUCCUGAUGAUUAGAUGUUUUUUGAAAAAAAUAUGGGAGACGUUUUGAAACACCUUCGAAAUUUUUCGUGAAUUUUGGGGUCCAUUUUUUAAGACUAGUUUUUAGACAUUCUGAAUAUCCUAUCUGAAAUUUUCUGAUAAUUUCAGAUAGGAUAUUCAAAAUGUCAUUCAAAAUACGCACGAGAAAAAAGAAUUCAAUAAAUCAAAAUAUGUUACCUUAUGAUUGAAAUUGACUGAUUUUGUUUAAAAAAACAAGAAAUGUAAAUAUUUAUUAAUUUAAAAAAAAUAGAUUAAUUUUCUGAACGUGAAAUUUUCACCCAAAAUUAAUAUUAGAGCUCAUUUCGAACUGAAAAUUAUCCAACAAAACCUCUAUUUUAUUCUCAGUCUCCUAUUCCUUUUCCAGCAUGGUUCAAUGUAUAAAGAUAGUCGAGCUGCUCAACGAGAAAUGGAAGAAUUGAGACGACAAGUUGCCAGAGAACAGGUGAGUCAAUUUUAAAAUGUUCGCCUCGUUUUUAAUAGUUUUUUGUGAUUUUCGGCUGAACAACAGUCUCGUUAUCCUAUUCCAACUUUCGAACAAAUGAUGAGAGAUAAACGAUUAAAAGAAUCUCAACAACAGAGGCAAUAUUUUGGUGGAAUGAUUGUUGCUGGAAUUAUUGCAGGCUUUCUUACUGUUUUACUGUCUAGAUAGAUAGAUUAUUGAUUAGAAUGUUACAGUUUUAGAUAAUAAAAUAUUGAAAUCAUACGUUAACUAGUCUCCGGGUUCGGGUUCGAAGCUAAAUUUGUUAAAAACAUGUUCUAAAAUUGUAAUCUUUCAAAAAAUCUGCUCGAAUUCCGAAAAUGUUAUUUUAAAAAAAUGUCCAUUUUGGUAAUUCCUAAAUUCAGAUUCCUAGGAACUCUGCUCCAUUACCCGCAUGUUGUUUCUUUUCUCUCUCUCCUACAAACUAUUAUAACUUGUGUGCGCUAAUAAAUGAUGUCCUAUACAUCAUUAUACUUAAUAAUAUUCGUCAUACCUUCACCAUUCAUCCAUUUUGGUGUGUUAUUCACGUGAAUCAUUAUCCAAGUAGUAUUGUAGUACUCUUCCUCGAUAAUCUAUUGACCUGUGUACACUUCGCCAUCCCUUCCCUUCCUCUCCCGCCAUCUUUUUCUCUCUUUUUUUGCGCAUAUCGUUUUGGUGGUGAUUUUCGUUGACAGAAUGUAUACUAUGGCGUCUUUUUUCUUUUGAUAUUUGGUUGGGUGUAUGGGAAGUGAACAGAAAAGAGAAGAAGAAGAAGAAUGACGAUGGUGUUCUUUCAUCUUUAAUCAUUGGUCGAAAAUAUAAAUAUAGAGAGAUUUAUGUAUAGUUAUGAUAAACUAUAGUAAUAUUCAAAGGUCAACAUGAAACAUUUGUAAAGACUUUCGAAAAAAAACGGGGUAUAUCACCAUAUUCACAAUUUACACUCAGUGAAUCCAGGUUGAAAGUGUUAUCCUAGAAUUCACCAAAACUAAUUUUUUCCACAUCAUAAUCAUACCACAUUCGGAACCUGAGAUUGUAGGGCGAAAUUUUUUCCACGAUUAUUUUUUGUGCCUGCUUUCCGUUUUUUCAGAAAAUUUCAGAACUGAAUUUUUCAGUUGAAGAAUUCCAAAUGACCUUUUCACAAAAAAUCCAGGUUAUUUCUGAUUGUGAAUCGUUUCAAGCUUGAUCGAUAUUCUACCUCGUUUAUGUUUUUUCAAACAACUCCCUUCAUUCUUCUUCUCCUUCUUAUAUUCCAUAACUUCUACUAAUUAUUCAUCAGUUUUUGAUCAUUGAUCGGUUAUGAGACAAUAAGAUGGUGAAAAAAUGAUGAUUAAUGGUGAGAAAAGUUGACAGUUCUUAGAACACUUCAUAAUCCGAUGAGAAUGGUUUAUGGGAGGGGAAAACAUACCUGGUGCUUAUUGUUUGGUGGAUGACAUAACAAACAUGGUUUUGUUUCAAUGGUUCACCAUUGUUUUGUUGAUCAAAAACUAUGAAUAUACAUGAAUCCACAGGUGGUAAAAGCUUGGGCCGUUUGUUCACCAAUUCUUUGUCAAUAAGUAGAGUUUGGUCAAAUAAUAUCAGAGGCAUCUUUUCGGAAGAAAACUGCUCUUCUGGUCUUCCAACCUUCUAACUAUGACUGAUUUUCCAUACCAAGAUCUCUAAAACUCCAGCUUCUCCAGGCCCAAUUCCACCUCACAGCACAGUAGAAUCGUUUCAAAAUUUCCCCAAAAACCUAUCCGACUUAUCUUUUUGGGUUUAGUAAUAGACAGGUUUAAUAGAUCCGCUUUGUAGGGAUUCGGUAAUUUUUUUGACAAAUUUUAAACGAAAAUCGAUUUAUGAUCUUUUAAGUCCUUAUUUUCCUUGUUUCCUAAAAGCAAUUCCUUAAUAGAUUGUUCCUUAUUAUUUCGUUCAGUUGUUUGUUUCUUCAUGAAAUCGAGAAUAAUUCAUCAGAAAACUGUUUGUUUUUCUUUCUUUCGAUUUUUUCGGCUUUCUCUUAAUCACGCGCUUUCGCUUAUCUUAUUCCGCAUAUUUUGUCCGUUGUUACUUUCUACAGUAUCCAUUGAAAAUAUCAGUCAGUCAAUCCCUUUUCCAUCAAUUUUUUCUAUCUAUUUUCAUUUUCACAUACAUAACCAAGCAAGCAAACAAAUAACGUUCGGUUGGGAUGGUGGGGGUCGGUCGUCGCAUCGGUCGAUCGUUGAUGCUACUACUAUUAUUGCGCCGGGCGGCGUCCCGCGCGAGCGAUGGGCGCCUUUUGCACUGCGUCUCCACAUUCCAUUCAACUAUUUCAUCGAUGCAAAAAUAAUAACAAACAUGACCAUUUUACUUGGCUGCUAGCCAAAUGCGACGUAGUCAUCGUCGUGUGUCGCUUUGAAUUCCUUUCUUCUUUUUUUCUUCUUCUUCCUCAUUUGAUAUAUUUUAAUGUAUGUACAGGCAGUGGGAUUUUCAAAAGAAAAGAGAGAAAUAGUUUUGUUUAGACAAGAUGAAAACCGUCGGUCAGUUUUUGCGUUUGCAAAUAACUAUAGUCUAGUUUUGUUUUGUCAAAAUCUGCUAUGCGAUCGAUCCGAAUAUGGAGAAGCGCUAUGAACACGAAUUUUCAGAUUUGUAGUGAGGCGCUUUGUAAAUAAAUGCGUUUUUUCUGUGAUACUGUAGUUUUCUCUUGUCAGAAAACUGUAGUUUUGUUUUGAUCUCCACGUAGUUUCAACAAAUUGCGUAGUUUCGUUUCGCAAAUAAAGUGUAGUUUGGUCACUCCUAAUUUUCUCCAUUUUUCAUUUGCAACAUUGAUAAUUUCUUUUUCGAAAUGAAACAUUUUUGUCGAUCGGUAUGUGUUGUAUGCAAAUAUCAAUCUAUCUAUCAACCGCCCUGCCGUUUUUUCGUUCACCGACAAACAACUCUUUUCGUUUUGCCUCUCUCUCUCGAAAAAAGAAAGAACAAAUCAGAAAUUAUGCUAAUAUUGUCUAGUGUCCACUCAUUUUGUCAACCCUUUCUAAAUACUUUUUAUUAUCCUUUCUUUCUUUCCCUUCAUAUGUUUUUUUCUUGAUUAUGAGCUAACUAUACUAGCGUCCGAUCAAACUACACACACACAAUGACCUUGCUGUUGCAUAGUGUUAUUUGCAUUUUUGUGUGCGCACUGUUCGGUGCUGUCAAUGUGAUAUAUCUCACUUUUUAUUAAUUAUAAUUAUUGUUCUCGGUGUGAGUAGUUUCUCCAAAAGUUGUUUUGUAUUAUAAAAACUCAUCAAUAUUCCGUUAAAACCGCAAGAUUUCUUUGUCAACAACAAUUUAAAAUAUUUCAUCAUUUUAAUUUAAAUCGGUCCACACACACAUCACAUCACACUCCUCUUUGCUUUUUUUCUAUUGGUUCCACUAUAGAGCAUUCAUUCAUUCAUUCAUUCAUCCCAAUACAACGUUUUUAUUUCUAUCUCACAUCUCUUUUUUUCCCUCUCUGUUCCCUACACUAUCGUCCGAAACUCGUGAUUGAUCAGAGAAGCAGACACCGAAAAUGUUGGCCUCGUGCCAUAUGCUGGCCAACUGCCAAACCACGCCCCGUCCUCCAUUUUGUGUUGUUUGUGUCGUCGAUUGCAUCUCUCUCGCUACUCUCUCGUCGAUCGCACUCCCUUCCCGUGGUUGGUUGGGUGGGCGGCUUUGGGUGUUCUUGUUGUGUCGUCCUCCUAACUUUUUCUCUCUUUUUUUCUAUUGGUCCUUUUUUUUCGCGAGAUUCAAUAAGGACACGAUUGAUUGAUUUUUUUGCGUUUUCUAUUUGUUGAGCGAAGACUUUUGAGUCAUGUGAUUUUCUCUCUCUCAUUCACUCUCUUUUCCUUGUGCUUGUUUAGUUUUUGAUUCUACUAUAUUCUAUUAUUGUUCUUAACUAUUCAUUCAUUCCGUUUAUAGUUCCGUAUUUUUCUCAAAAAAAACACACAUAUUUGUCCUUAAUCCUUUGGUCUUCUGAAACUUUUUUUUUUCAAAAAUUGAAUCUUGUUUUAGUUCACAGAUUAAUCGUUUCCUAAUCCUAGAUAUAUUCUUAUGUUCAAUCUUUGCUCAUUUUCUUUCUAUCCGGGAAUUUGUGUUUUCACUAGACUUUUUUCUAGCGCAAAUGCAGGUGAUUCCCUCUUUGUUUCUUUAUUUAUUGAAGUAUUUUUCGGAAUGAUCAAACAUCUUGACUUGAAUCAUUAUUUGAUUCGAUUUGAACUUCCCAUGUUUUUUUUUCCAAAAUUUUCAAAGUUUCCAAAGUUUCCCAAUUUUAUUAAAGUUCAAUUUCCUGUCUAUACACUUUUUUGAAAAGUUUUUACUUUUGAAAAAAAUAGUUCAUUUAUCCCAUCCCCAAUAUAAAAUCAUAUGUAAGCUUGUUGUUUUGUAAUUUUUUGUUUCCGCGCAGCCUUGGCCUGUUUUUUUUCUUCUUUUUCGACCCGCAAAACUUCUUCCGAUCUUCUCUUCCGCCAAAACAAAUCUCUAACAAACUUUUUCUCCAUUUUGCAGGCAGCAAAUCAUCUCAUUUAUAACCUUGUUGAAAACAGUUCAAAUAUAUUUUGUUAUUAAUUAUUCUUGUUGAUUUUACUCUUCUCAUUAUUCGCCUUAGUUUUUGAAGGUAUGUGAUAUUUUCAAACGAGGAAACAAACAUUUUCUCUCAAACCAAGAAAAUUAAAAAUUGUAUUUUUAGCAUAG